CACCUCUGUCAGACCUUUUUAGAGUGUGUGAGUGUGUGCAGAUUUAUUAAAAGGCUUAAGUAAGGUUUUAGUAAGGCUCCAGGACUAUUCUCCUGUGCCUUUAUUUAUGGCAGCUUUGGUGUAGUGGGGGACUAACAGGUAGCAAAUUCUAGUUUACUUCUAUUGGAGUGAAAGCUCAGUGUUUCCUGUUUCAGUCAUGGUGCUUUUUUUUAAUUUUUUUUUCCACCUUGUAUGAAUUGCUUGGAAAACAAACACUGACCUCAAGGAAAUGUGUUCCAAGGCGUGGGAAAAGAGGAAGGGUUUUGCAUCUUGUGAAGGAAGAGGGAGGAGAAUUUGGGUUGGUUCCCCCCCUUUUCUUUCGUGCUGAGCAGAAACAAAGGCAAGAUACAUUCUCCAUGGAUCUUUAUGCUUCAUGCCACAUACUAUGAAGUCUCAGGCAAAGGAAUGAGAUUAAGAAGAUUAUCAACAAAAUACAGAACAGAGAAGAUCUACCCAACAGCCACUGGAGAAAAAGAAGAAAAUGUUAAAAAGAAUAGAUACAAGGAUAUAUUGCCAUUUGAUCACAGCAGAGUUAAACUGACCUUAAAAACUCCCCCACAAGAUUCAGACUACAUCAACGCAAACUUUAUUAAGGGAGUACAUGGGCCAAAAGCAUAUGUUGCUACCCAGGGGCCCCUAGCCAAUACAGUCAUAGACUUCUGGAGGAUGAUAUGGGAAUACAACGUUGCUAUAAUUGUAAUGGCCUGUCGAGAAUUCGAAAUGGGAAGGAAAAAAUGUGAGCGCUACUGGCCUCUGUAUGGAGAAGCAGCUGUAACUUUUGGACCAUUUCGUGUUUCUUGUGAAGCUGAGCAAGCAAGAACAGAUUACUUCAUUAGAACAUUAUUACUUGAAUUUCAAAAUGAGACUCGUAGUGUCUAUCAGUUUCAUUAUGUUAACUGGCCUGACCAUGAUGUCCCUUCAUCUUUUGAUUCUAUUCUGGACAUGAUCAGCUUGAUGAGAGAAUACCAGGAACAUGAAGAUGUUCCUAUUUGCAUACACUGCAGUGCAGGAUGUGGAAGAACAGGAGCCAUCUGUGCCAUAGAUUAUACAUGGAAUUUACUUAAAGCUGGGAAAAUACCUGAAGAAUUCAAUGUAUUUAAUUUAAUACAGGAAAUGAGGACACAGAGGCAUUCUGCAGUGCAAACAAAGGAGCAGUAUGAACUUGUCCAUCGAGCCAUAGCACAACUGUUUGAAAAGCAACUGCAAAAAUAUGAAAGUUGUGCAGACUGGAAGAUUGCAGAUGGAGUGGAUGAAAAUAAUACAGAAAAUGCUGUCAGUUCUUCAGAUGCUGAGAAACAGGACUCUCCUCCACCAAAGCCUCCACGGACCCGCAGUUGCCUUGUAGAAGGAGAUGCUAAAGAAGAAAUCUUGCAGCCUCCAGAGCCUCAGCCAGUACCACCAAUCCUAACACCAUCUCCCCCAUCAGCUUAUCCAACAGUCACUACGGUGUGGCAGGACAAUGACAGAUACCAUCCUAAGCCAGUUUUGCACAUGGUUUCAUCAGAGCAUUCAACAGACCUCAACGAGAAUUAUAAUAAGUCCACAGAACAUUCAGGGAAGAACCAACCCAGCGAACACACAGAGAAGAGGCUGGAGCGCAACUUAAGUUUUGAGAUCAAGAAGGUACCUCUUCAGGAAGGACCACGAAGCUUUGAUGGGAACUCCCUGUUGAACAGGGGACAUGCAAUUAAAAUUAAGCCUGUGUCGUCCUGUGUAGCUGAUAAGAGCUUUAAGCCACAGGAACAGAUUUCAGGGGAUUCAUUUGUAGAUGCUUCUCAAAACUCAUGUAUGGAGUACAGCGUGCCACAGUCUAACACAGCCUUAAUAUCUUCAGCAGAAGAUCUGCAGAGUCAGCAGGUGUCUGAUACCCCAGCCAGACCAGAUCGUCUGCCUCUGACAGAAAAGGGACAUGCCACGUGGUCACUACAUGGGCCUGAAAAUGCACUGCGUAUGUCUGUGUCUGAAGAGCUGUCUUCAGACACCUUGUGUCAGGGUGUUAAAACUCUCUCUCUAGUAUCAAACACCCCAGCUGAACAUCCUUGCAGUGAUACUGUUGAUCAUACUCCUCUUUCUGUUCGAGCACCCCUGUGUUUUACUAAUCCUCUCCAUGCAGAUGAUUCUGACACGGAUGAGGUGGACUUUGACAGAGCCAUGAGCAAAAGCGCAUCCAAUGUGUCAACCGCAAGUGCCACAGUCUCUGCUGCCACUAAUACUGAAAACACUUCUGCCAGAAAAGUAUUGCCAAUGUCUAUUGCUAGGCAAGACUUAACAGCUGUAACGUGUUCUGAAGAUGGCAAAGAUGCCGAAGCUAGUGAAGAUUCCUCUCCCCCGCUCCCAGAAAGAACACCAGAAUCAUUUGUAUUAGCAAGUGAACAGAGCACACCCUUGCUGAAGCCAGUUCUGAUUGCACAGUCGGAGUGGAGCGUGUUGCGUGAUCAGCACCUGCCUGAGCAAACAGCCUCCACAGGUUUGAAAACAACUUCACCUAUACUACCUGAUCGUCCAGAACGAAGCAACAAAACACCAACUGACGUUUUACCUCAGAUUUCUUUUUCUGCUUCCACUGAUACAAGAAGUCAAAUUUCAGAAUUUCCUGCAGAAGUAACAGAUAUUGGUUUUGGUAACCGCUGUGCAAAACCCAGAGGACCAAGAGAGCCACCCUCAGAAUGGACAUGAUCCAAGAACCAAUGGACAUUCUAUUGAUAAAUUAUACUGGAAAACUCAAGUGCCACUGAGAACUAGAGAAAUAGCGUUCCACUAUCCUGGGGGGCAACUAACACAGAGCAGUGUAGAUCUAAUUAUCAAUGGUACAUUCUUGCAGUGCAUCCCAUGCAAAACCUGACACAGGUUCACAACAGUGGAUUCCAGUAUUACAACCUUUUGCUGGGGCCAUCUACCUGCCUUACUACACUUAGGAGAAAGUAUUACAUAUGAUUUAUUUUGUAACUUCAAGUAUUAUUGCCUUAAUGUCUUUUAACCCUGUUACACGCUGCUUGUAGACAUAUGUUAAUAUAGUAAUACUUUUGACAGAUUGUGUUUAUGGACUACUUUUUGCUAACAUUUGAUUACCAUGUAUGCAUUAUUUUGUAUAUGUACAGGGCAAGUAAGUAUAUAAUUUGAUAAAGUUGCAAUCAUAAAAUAUUAACAGAAGAUGUAAGAAAUCUCUGCAUGAUCUAAAUUUUUGUGUACCUUAUUUGUAAGUUAUUUGCCCUGAAGUUUUAGAAAAUAGUUUCUGGGGUUUUUUACAAAAAUUGCUGGACACACACAGCCAGAAUUGCAGGUUAGCAGAGAUAAAGAUUGUAAUGCAUUUUGUAAAUUGUAAGCAAAAGGUUAUUUUUAUAUUAUAUACUGUUUAAUUGUCAGACCUGAUUUGUUCUGGUUUUCAUCUAGUCAUGGAGAUUCAGUAAGUGCCUUGGAACAGUAUUGAAUUCUCUUAGCCUGUGUAUGUUAUUUCAGUGUUUUGAGUUCAUCUGGAAUUAGAUUAUCAAAAAAUAUUUGUAUGUUUCUUAGUAUAUUUGACCUGCCAGUAAAAGAGAAACCAUUUUACAUAAUCAACACUCCUUAGUUUUCAUUUUAAUGUUUCAUCAGUUACAAUCUUUAGAAAGUUCAUCUCUAUCACCUUUUUGUAUAGUAGAAUUUUACAGUUAUAAUAUGGCAUGUUUCUGAUUUUGGAAAACCAGAACACACUGAUAAAAGGACUGUUUCAAUACCACUGUCUUCUCUUACAGAUGGGGAAUACAAUUUAUGUUGUUCAACGACUGUGUAUGUAAGAAAGCAACUUAUAUGAAGGUUCACCUGGAGCCCUUGCAGCCACACUGUAUCUUGGCAAUAUAUUAUGUCAAGAGUUAAUCCUUAUAAGGAUUCCUUACUUAAACUUUUCUGUAAUACAGUCUUUAAAUUAAAGAAAGUAAAAAUCUCACUCUGGGUGUUUUUACUCUUAGGAAGGAAAACUGUGUUCAAAAGCAAAGUGUAACAGAGUGAAGGAUGGCAGUCUGGCUUAGCUUACAGAUCUCGUACUUGAACAGAACACUGACGCUCCGAACCUUAUUUUUAGUAACUACUUUAAAAGUUCUGGCUAGCAAUAAUGCAAGAGAAACAAAGAAGAAUGUUUAGAAAAAAAUGUUCAUUUUAGGUAGUGAAACAGCAUUAACCUGAACUUUAGCUGGAAAUCUACUACUUGUACCUUUAGUGUCUCUGCUAAAAGAGAGCUAAUGCCCUCAUAGCAGCUCUGUUGCAACUUCCUGAAGGGACAUAACUUGCAAUUACUGUCUCUGACUUAGAAUUUAAUCACCAUGUGCUUCAUACAUGUGACAGACUGCUAAGCUGGGGAGCUCUUUCAAAGAACUGUGUGCACUAUAAAUACUUCCCAUGGAUAUAGUUUUGUAGUUAUUCAUUUAAAAAUAAAUAAUUCAAUGAUAUAUGCCAUCUGGGAUAACCUAUAUCAACUAUAAUCCUGAUUUGUAAACAAUUCAGACAUCUGGA